AUGCCCGCAUCUCUAACCAAUGCCAGCGCGUACCGCUGGAUUGAGUAUCACGACAUGUCCAUAGACAGAGAACGGGAGUACAUCAAAAAGGCCAUCACCUCCCUGAAGGCCAUGACCGGAUACGCCCCCAGGGGCUGGUACUAUGGCCGCAACAGCCCUCACUCCCGCACACUAGUCCCGCAGGUAUACGAGGAGAUGGGCGAGAAGCUCGAGUGGAUGAGCGACACAUACGCAGACGACGUGCCCUACUGGAUCGACCUCGCAUAUGAGAGCGACUCUCCCGACCCAAAGGGUUGCUUAAUGGUCCCCUAUUCGUGUGUCCACCAGAACACGAGCGUACGAUUAUCCAGCUAA